AUGGGAAGUUGUUCGUUUUGGAAGAGCUCGUAUGUUGGUUCUUUAUCUGGAUUACUCCUUUUAGGCUAUGCUGAAUUGGCUGUUGUUGGCGUUUCCAUAUCAAUAUUCAAUCUGGUAGCAAAAUUGCUCAAUAUUCCUCUACUCAAUAUCACAACCUCAUUAGUUGCUGAAGAACAAGCAGUAUUAGUUAAUGAUGAGGAUGAUGAUAAUCACUCCACUUUUCUCAGCCAUGCCUUAGCUGCUGCUUUUGGGAUUGGGGAAACCAUAGCACUUUUCUUUGGAUUUGGAUCACUAUUGAACCAUUGUUGUUGUAACAAAGCUCAAGAAGAAGGGUAG